GCCCAGGUGCUAACCACUGCCAUCCCAAUCUCCAUUCCCUUUUUUUUCUCCCUUAUAUAUUCUAAGCUGCCCCUUCUAUCAUUUUCUCCAGACCCAGCAAAAGUACUAAAAUUUCGUUCUUUUAAGUUAUCAGUUCUCCUAAAACGCGACGGAUAUUAGUCUGAUGGCGAUAUCCGGUGAGUUAUUUUUGGAUGAGAAGUGGAAGUUGUCGAGAAAAGAAGGGUCAAGAAGUGCAGCAUCAGGUCUGAUCAGGAGAGUUAGUUUUUCAUCGAAAUCAAGAGCAUCAAGUGAUGAGCAGAGCAGGAGAUGUGGGUUCACAAGAAAGUGUGCUAGUCUUGUGAAAGAACAGAGAGCUAGAUUUUAUAUCAUGAGGCGCUGUGUGACUAUGCUCAUCUGCUGGCGAGAUAAUCUCUCUGAUUCUUGAUCAAGAUUAUAUAUAUUGGUGGAGAAGAGGCUGAAGAUCUGCAUAUCAUGUAAAUAUGAGGUUUUGUUUUUGGUAGAUUUUGUUGCAGUCUCUUUGGCUAUAUCACUACUCUGUAACUAGGAGUUUAAACAAGAUUGAUAAGGGAAAUGUUUUAAUUAAAAGAAAAUAUUAAAAUGUUGAUUCUGAAAAUAUCUUGUUUCUGGGUUUAAUUUGUUUGUUGCUCUUCAAUCUUCAUACUUGAGUUGUGUGAAAGUGUGAUUUUACUAACGUAGAGUUAGUCAGGGUAGUUCAAGGCUUCAAGCUCAGUAAGUAGAGGGAUAAGGUUGAUUUUAAUCAAUGUGUGGCACUGUGGAACCACGGUUCGCAGCUGACAAGGUUUAUUUGUAUAUAUUAUUUAUUGCUUAACAAGAUUUAUGGCUGCAGAAACUGUAGUAGUAAAAAGUGAAAUGGUCAAAAAAUGUGGAUGUCCUUCACUUUCUAAAUGAAUUUUACUGCUAUUUACCCA